AUGCCUCCAGCCGGGGCUGCCGCACUGGCAACCCUUCUCCUUGCGCCCUUACCAGCUUCAGCCAUGCUUCGGUGCAAGGAGCUCGUCGUAGACAACCAGAAGUUUGAUUUUGGCGAGCUGGCAGGGCCUCAUACAAUCACCACGAGCGAGUUCCACCCUCCGACUUACACAAACACCACCUACACUCUCGACAUCUGCGCCUUCUUGAAGAGAGAUGGUGACGCGAAGAAGGAUGAAGACUGCCCGAAUGGCACAAGAGUCUGCGCGGUAAGGCACAAGAUCGACCCGCGAAAGGAGGGCAAAAACGCCGACGAAGUCACCCACGUCAUCCCGAUUGCCGGAAACCUGCUCGAACACGGCGGCAAGGACUUUGAAUGGGCAGCCGAGCGCCUCGCCACGUCCGACGUCCCCGGCGACUCGACGAAGGAGGGCGUCCGGCUCACCCUCAAGGGCGGCGUGUACGAGGCGCGCGAGCAGAGGACCGUGAUCGAGAUGCUGUGCGAUAAGAGCCGCACUGGCCUCGAGGGCGAGUGGGAGUCCAAGGAGAAGGGCAAGGGUGAGGACAAGGGCAAGGAUAACGAAAAGAAUGUCCCCGACGACGAUGCCGAGACAGAGAGGCUGCGUAGCCUGCUUGGAAGGAAGGCAGAUGGUACGGCGGGGAUCGACGACUUGGGCUACCCGGAGAAGCAGCUUAAGAAGGCCGACACGGCCCUGUUGUGGGAGGGCUACGGCCACUCCCAGGAUGACAAGGUUGACAUCCUCAGGCUCACUUGGCACACCAAGUACGCCUGUGAGAACGGCUCUUCGCCCUCUGGCUCGGACAAUAGCUGGGGAUUCUUCACGUGGAUGGUCAUUCUAGUCUUCAUGGGGACGGCGUCGUAUCUGAUCUUCGGGUCAUGGCUCAACUAUUACCGCUACGGUGCGCGAGGCUGGGAUCUCCUUCCACACGCCGACACGCUUCGCGACCUCCCCUACUUGCUCAAGGACUGGACCCGCCGAGUCCUGAAUACCGUGCAGGGAAGUGGAAGCAGGGGCGGAUACUCUGCCGUCUGA